GAAAAAUUCGAAGGAGGGUCGUCUCUUUUUCCCCGUUCGAACGAAGCAGCAGCGGCGGCAAACCUCCCUCUCUCACUCUCUCAGACUUCUCGUUUUUCUUCUUCAUCUUCUUCUUCCAAUCCUCCCCGACUGUCUUCGAUCCAGCAAACAACAGCGACGCAACUUCCCUUUCAUUCCCCACUCCAUUCUAGCAGAAACCCAACCUCUACCGGUCCUAUUUACUUCCUUCGUUUUCUUUCUUUUCGCUCUACUACCAUUCCUCUGCCAUCCUAAUUAUCAGUCGAGCUCCUUCCAUCUGUGAACUCUGUUGUUCGAACUGGGUAAGAUACAGUAGCGCCGAUCUGAAAAUCCGAUGCAAAUUGGUUGCUGGACCUUGGGGUUGAAGGUCGUCUUCACACCAGUUGCUAUCCCGGUCGUAAUUCAAGAAAAUCCUCACCAUUCGAGUGUUAACAAUCCAUGAUCGAAGCGGAUUAAAAGUCCCUUAUAGCAUCGUUUCUCAGGCUGAAAUCUCGAUUCAGGUUGCCUUGUAACUGGUUGUUGGGUCUUCCUUCUUGAACAGAGAGUCCUAACCUAUUGCCUACCGUUUUAUUGCCCCUCUGCUGGUGUGUCGGUGACUUUGUUGCCGCUCUGCAGAGAAGAAGAAGGUAAAGCCGCAAAGGGUUACGGGUGAGACCAAGAGACGAACCAGAUGGAGUCUAGGACAGAAAUGAAGAAACGGGACAAAGCCAGCACUGCUUUUGGUAAAAGCAAGCUAGAGGAGAGUGAUGAACAUGAAUCUUCUUCAGAAGAGGAGGAAGAGCUAGAGCGUGAACUUGCUGACAUCUCAUUUGAGGAGCUGCAGAAGGCUCGAUGUAGUGGCUAUCAUUCUGUAUAUCAAAAGCCCAAUCCAGAUAAGAAGGUUGGGCGUGCAAACAAGAACAGGCCAAUGGAGAUCAGUAGCAAGAAACCUGUUAGUAGGUUUAGAGAGGUCAUUCAAGCACCUAAAAGGGUGAUACGUGACCCAAGGUUUGAAUCUUUAUGUGGGAAUCUUGAUACUGAUGGGUUUAAGAAGAGAUAUGGUUUCUUAUUCGAGACUCAACUUCCUGCUGAGAGACAGGAAUUACAGAAGUUGAUAAAGAAAUCGAAGGAUCCCGAAGUGAUUGUUGAAGUAAAGAACCAUAUUUCUUGGAUUGACAAACAACUUAAAGCAGGGCCUUCAAAACGUGCUGAUGCUGAGAUAUUGGCUGAACAUAAGAAGAAAGAGAGAGAAGCAGCAAAACAUGGAAAACGCCCAUUUUAUCUCAAGAAAUCUGAAAUUCGGAAACAGAUGCUUAUUGAGAAAUAUAACAAUCUUAAGGCAGCUGGCAAGCUUGAAUCCUUUAUUGAGAAAAGGAGGAGGAAAAAUGCCUCGAAGGACCACCGCUAUGUGCCAUAUCGGCGGUCCAACAACAGUGAAAGCAACUGAAGACUCAAAACAGCCCUUGUUAUUCAUGGAAUUCUUUUUUUUUUUUUUUUGGUAUUAUCAUUUUCCCAAAAUCAAUUUGUGUUUUCCCAGCACAUGCUACUAAAAGAAUGUAAUUAUGAAUCUCAUUUUUCCCUAAAUCAAUUAUGUCUUUUCCGCGAUC